UCCUGCCACACACUUCCUGUUUAUGACAACCGUCGCAGGUCUUUCGGUUGACGUUUUACUCGUAACACCAGGAUCUGACCGGACCUUUCACCCCAGACCAGGAGCAGACCCUGAACAGAAGAACCAGAGCUCAGCUGUUAUCUGUUGAGAGGAAGUGAAAGUCUGAGACGUUCAGUGUUUCAGUGAAAAUGUCUCAGCUGGACCGAGAGAGGUUGUGCUGUCCAAUCUGUCAGGAUCUACUGGGAGAUCCAGUGACUAUUGCCUGUGGUCACAGCUACUGCAUGGACUGUAUUAAAAAACACUGGGAUGAAGAGGAUCAGAGGAGAAUCCACAGCUGUCCUCUGUGCAGGAAGGACUUCAUACCGAGGCCUGUCCUGGUGAAAAAUACCAUAUUGGCAGAUUUGGUGGAGGAGCUGAAGAAGACUGGACUCCUGAAUGCUCCUCAUCAGAACCGUGAUGCAGGACCUGGAGAUGUGGCCUGUGAUUCCUGCACCAGGAGGAAGCUAAAAGCCACCAAGUCCUGUCUGCAGUGCAUGGCCUCUUACUGUGAGCACCACCUCCAGCCUCACUAUGAAUUUCUGACUUUUCAAAAACACAAGCUGGUCGAAGCCUCAGCGAAGCUCCAGGAGAACAUCUGCUGUCGUCACGACGAGGUGAUGAAGAUGUUCUGUCGCACUGAUCAGAGCUGUAUCUGUUACCUCUGCUCUGUGGACGAACACAGAGGCCACGACAUCGUCUCAGCUGCUGCAGAGAGGAUUGAAAGACAAUGAGAUCUGGAGCUGAGUAGACAGAAGAUUCAGCAGAAGAUCCAGGACAGAGAGAAAGACAUGGACAUGCUUCAGCAGGUGGUGGAGGCCAUCAGUCGCUCAGCUGAUGAAGCAAUGAGGGACAGCGAGACCACCUUCAACCAGCUGCUCCAACUCAUCCAGAAAAGAAGUGGUUGUUACUGUCUGAGGGGAACAGGAGAGUGACAGAUAUGGAUAGAAAACAGUCGUAUCCUGACCAUCCAGACAGGUUCAGUGACAGGCUUCGGGUCCUGAGCAGAGAGGGUCUGACUGGACAGUGUUACUGGGAGGUGGAGUGGACUGGACUGGUUUCUAUAGCGGUCACCUACAAGAGCAUUAGCAAAACAGGAAGUGAGAGUGUGUUCGGAGACAAUGAUGAGUCCUGGACGUUGUUGUUUCCCAAUAAUGAAUUCAGACACAACAGGACCAUCACCUCCCUGUCAGGCCCUCAGUCCUUCAGGAUCGGGGUGUACCUGGACCAUGGUGCAGGUAUUCUGUCCUUCUACAGGAUCUCUGAAACCAUGACCCUUCUCCACAGAGUCCAGUCUGUGUUUGUUCAGGAUCUGCUGAGCUGUGUCAGCUGCAGUAGACAGAACUUAUUUCUGUCAAUGCUGAGCUGUUUCUCUACUUCCUGUCAGUCAGUCUACAAAACUGUCAAAGCAACAAACAAACACAUAUAACUUUCAUAAAGUGAGUAUAAGCAUCAAAGAAUACUUAAAGUACCAAAAGUACUCAGUACAGAAUUAUUAUAGUUAGUAAUAGUUAUUAUUUUUGUGUAAUUUAAAUUUUUGUUUUUGGGUGUGAUUCUAUUCCUCUCUUUGGUUCUGUGUUUAAAAUGUGUUGUGUAAAUAAAGCUACAACCACCACAGUUAGAAAUGAAUUUUCAUUUUGCAGUGAAGAGAGUGACCAUGAGGGGGCAGCAGAGAAUAACAGACAGCCACAUCACUGCUUCAUUUCUACACAGUGAACAGCAGAUCAUCACCUCUUAUUAUCUGUGGAAAAGUUUUACUGUUCAUGUUUUAUUUCUCGGGUUUCAGGGUUUUUUUUAUUAACUCUCAGCAGAUUAAUGAAAUGUCUUUAACCAUGAUGGAGCAGCUGUUAAUGAAGACAGAGGUCAGCUGACCAAUAAAAACAGACAACAUUUGUCUCUCACCUUCA